AUGCACGGCCGGCCAGGUCCCCGGAGCCCCGCGCGGCCGCGGCUGCGCCUCCUCCUCCUGCUCCUCUGCGCGCUGACGCCCGGCGCCCCCGGACUCGCACCAGGCGCCGGCCCCGGGGCCGUGGUGUACCCGGCGCGCGUGGACGCGGACGGCGCCUUCCUGUCCUUCGAGCUGCGGCCGCGGGCGCUGCGCCGGCGGGCGGCCGGGCCGGGGCCCGCGGAGGCCGGGCAGGCCGGGCCGGGACGCGCGGCCCCGGCCUUCUACGCGCUGCGCUUCCGCGGGCGGCGGCUGCGCUUCCGCCUGGCCCCGAACCCGCACCUGCUGGCGCCCGGCUUCGUGAGCGAGACGCGGGGCGGCGGGGGCCUGCGCGGGGCCCGCAUCCACGCCCGCGCGCCCGCCUGCCACCUGCUGGGCGCCGUGCGCGGGCCCGCGCUCGGCCGCGCCGCCAUCAGCGCCUGCCACGGCCUGAAAGGUGUAUUCCAGCUCUCCAACGAGGACUACUUCAUAGAGCCGCUGGAGGGAGCCCCAGCCCGGCCUGGCCAUGCGCAGCCCCACCUGAUAUACAAGCGCCAGACUCCUGAGCGUCAAGGCUCUGGGGCUCCAGGUACCUGUGGGGUACAAGGGUCCUCAGACCCGGAGACCCAGCGUGAGCUGUGGGAGCAGCGUCAGCGGCGCCAGCAGUCCAGGCGCAUGCAGCCACGCUCGGUCAGCAGGGAGAAGUGGGUGGAGACGCUGGUGGUGGCCGAUAGCAAAAUGGUGGAGUAUCAUGGGCAGCCGCAGGUGGAGAGCUACGUGCUGACCAUCAUGAACAUGGUGGCAAGCCUGUUUCACCAUCCUAGCAUUGGAAACCCCAUCCACAUCACCAUCGUGCGUCUGGUGCUGCUGGAGGACGAGGAGGACUUAAAGAUCACGCAUCACGCGGACAACACCCUAGGGAGCUUCUGCAGGUGGCAGAAGAGCAUCAACAUGAAGGGAGACAGCCAUCCCCAGCACCACGACACCGCCAUCCUGCUCACCAGGAAGGAUUUGUGCGUGGCCAUGAACCGGCCCUGUGAAACCUUGGGCCUGUCCCACGUGGCGGGCAUGUGCCAGCCCUUGCGCAGCUGCAGCGUCAGCGAGGACACCGGCCUGCCGCUGGCUUUCACCGUGGCUCAUGAGCUCGGCCACAGUUUUGGCAUUCAGCAUGACGGCAGCGGCAAUGACUGCGAGCCCCGUGGGAAACGGCCUUCCAUCAUGUCUCCACAGCUCCUGUACGACUCGGCGCCGCUCGCCUGGUCCCGCUGCAGCCGCCAGUACAUCACUCGGUUCCUGGACCGCGGGUGGGGUGCGUGCCUGGACGACCCUCCCGCCAAGGACGUGAUCCGCUUCCCCUCGGUGCCACCCGGCGUCCUGUACGACGUGAGCCACCAGUGCCGCCUGCAGUACGGGGGCUUCUCCUCCUUCUGCAGCGACAUGGAUAACGUGUGCCACACCCUUUGGUGCUCUGUGGGGACCACCUGCCACUCUAAGCUGGACGCGGCCGUGGACGGCACCCAGUGUGGAGAAGAGAAGUGGUGUCUCAACGGGGAGUGCGUCCCGGUGGGCUUUGAGCCCAAGGCGGUGGACGGCGGCUGGUCUGGCUGGAGCCCCUGGUCUGCGUGCUCGAGGAGCUGCGGUGUGGGUGUGCAGAGCGCGGAGCGGCAGUGCACUCAGCCCGUGCCCAAGUACGAGGGCAAGUACUGCGUGGGGGAGCGGAAGCGCUCCCGGCUGUGCAGCCUGCAGGCCUGUCCCCCCGGUUACCCCUCCUUCCGCCAAGUGCAGUGCAGCCAGUUCGACUCCAGGGUCUAUAAGGGCCAGCUGCACGCGUGGGUGCCAGUGGUGAAUGACGAGCACCCCUGUGAGCUGCACUGCCGACCUGCCAAGGAGUACUUCGCCGAGAAGCUUCGAGACGCCGUGGUUGACGGCACGCCCUGCUACCCUGGCCGCGCCGGCCGCGACCUCUGCAUCAAUGGCAUCUGCAAGAACGUGGGCUGCGACUUCGAGAUCGACUCAGGCGCGGUGGAGGACCGCUGUGGCGUCUGCCGUGGUAACGGCUCCACCUGCCACACCGUGAGCAAGAUGUUCGAGGACGCCGAGGGCCUGGGGUACGUGGAUGUGGGGCGGAUUCCUGCUGGAGCCCGAGAGAUCCUCAUCCAGGAGGUGGCUGAGGCUGCCAACUUCCUGGCCCUUCGGAGCGAGGAUCCAGACAAGUACUUCCUCAACGGCGGCUGGACCAUCCAGUGGAAUGGGGUCUACCACGUGGCGGGCACUGCAUUCACCUACGCGCGCUCAGGCCACCAGGAGAACCUGACGGCCCCAGGCCCUACCAGCGAGCCCAUCUGGAUUCAGCUUCUGUUCCAGGAGAGCAAUCCUGGGGUACACUAUGAGUACACCAUCCACAGAGAGGCCGACGGUGCCAGCGACGUGCAGCCACCCAACUUCUCCUGGCACUACGGGCCGUGGAGCCCGUGCACGGUCACGUGCGGGACAGGCACACAGAGGCAGCGUGUGCACUGUGUGGGGCAGCAGGCAGCGCUGGUGGACGAGGACCACUGCGGCCCCACGGAGCGGCCCGAUGACCUCCAGAGGACAUGCAGCGGGGACCCCUGCCCCCCCAGGUGGUGGGCCGGGGAGUGGCAGCCCUGCUCGCGCUCCUGCGGACCCCGAGGCGUGUCCCGCCGGGCCGUGCUGUGCCUCCGCAGCAUCGGGCUGGACGAGCAGAGCGCCCUGCCCCCCGCGGCCUGCGAGCCCCUGCCCCCGCCCCCCGCCGAGACCCCCUGCAACCGCCACCUCGCCUGCCCCGCCACGUGGGCCGUGGGCAACUGGUCUCAGUGCUCAGUGACGUGCGGGACUGGAAUCCGGCACCGGGAAGUGCUCUGCACCAACGACACGAGCUCCCCCUGCGACCCCCGCGACCGCCCUGCUCAGGAGGCCAUCUGCCCCGGGCCGCCCUGCCCGCGCCCCCCGGACAGGCCCGACCCCGAGGGCUCGGCCAGCGGCUUCCCCAGCUCCGAGCUCUUCAACGAGGUGGACUUCAUCCCGGGCCAUGGCGCCCCCAGGCCCGGCCCCACGGUGGCCAUCGGCAACGCCAUUGGGGAGGCUGGCGUGGCCCCCGACCCGGGCCUGCCCGCACCCAUGUUUGUGGAUGACUUCUACUACGACUACAACUUCAUCAACUUCCACGAGGACCUGUCCUACGGCCCCUCCGAGGAGCCCCAGGCGGCCGCGUCCCAGAUGCACCUGCCCACCACCAGGCCUACCCAAGAACCUUCUAGAACCGAGGAGUCAGAGCCAGGAGGACCUGGCCCCUCGCCCUCCCCGCCCUUGGAGCAGGCCCCCAGGAAUGUUCCUUUGACCAAUUUCUUGUCUGAGGACGAGGCCCCCAUGGGGACCCCCGAUCUUGAACUCCCCAGAGCCCCCUGGCCCCCUGCUUUGGUCAACGAUGCAAACACGCCAGCUGCCCCUCCCAGCCUGGAUGAGCCGCUAGUGAGGGAGGAUGGCCAGCCCCUGCCACGCCCCCCGCCGUGGAGCCCUGAGGACCCAGAGGGCACCCCAGGCCCCAGGGUGCUCCCCCUGCCUGGACACCCCCUCCCCACGCAGACCUCUUCAACCCAUUCCUCCCCGAGUCCUGACAGGAUGCAGCUGGGGACAGGGGCCGGGGACCCCUGGCUGGAGGAGGACCUGGCACCUCCACCCAGUGACGCGUGGCCCACCAGGGGCGUGGCUUCUCCUCUUCCCACUGGCUCAGAGACUGGGGACAUGGCGCACCCCACGGAGCUGGAGGCCCCCCUCCUUCCAGUGCCAGGACUGGCUGAGCCAUCGAACUUCCUUCCCACGGUGCUGUCUGGACCUGAGCACCUGUCCUGGACAACUGCCUUGAGUCCAGGGCCCCCCGGCCCCCCUACACCCCCAGGCUUCGAGGAGCCCCUGAACCCCGGGCUGCUGGCCACAGUGACUCCUGAUAACGUUUUCUACAGCAGCAAUGCCCCCGAAGCGCAGCCUGGCAGGGACCGGAACAGCAGCCCUGGCCGCGCCAUCUGGCUGGUGGGGAACUGGAGCCAGUGCUCCACCACCUGUGGCCUGGGCGCAUCCUGGAGGCUGGUGGGCUGCAGCUCGGGCCGGGAUGAGGACUGCCCGCUCACGGCCCGGCCCCAGCCCGCACGCCGCUGCCACCUGCGGCCCUGUGCUGCCUGGCACGCGGGCAACUGGAGUAAGUGCUCCAGGAGCUGUGGCGGAGGCUCCUCGGUGCGGGACGUGCAGUGCGUGGACACGCGGGACCUGCGGCCCCUGCGGCCGUUCCACUGCCAGCUGGGGCCCCCCAAGCCCCCGGCCGGCCAGGCCUGCGGGACCCAGCCCUGCCUCAGUUGGUACAUCUCUUCCUGGAGGGAGUGCUCGGAAGCGUGCGGAGGCGGCGAGCAGCAGCGCCUGGUGACCUGCCCGGAGCCGGGGCUGUGCGAGGAGGCGGCGAGGCCCAACUCCACCCAGCCCUGCAACACGCACCCCUGCACGCAGUGGGUGGUGGGGCCUUGGGGCCAGUGCUCAGCCCCCUGCGGCGGCGGCGCGCAGCGGCGGCUGGUCCGAUGCGUGAACACGCGCACUGGGCUGCGGGAGGAGGACGGCGAGCUCUGCAGCCACGAGCCCUGGCCCGAGAGCUCGCGGCCCUGCGGCACGGAGGACUGUGACGCGGGGGAGCUCCCACGCUGUGAUCAUGAUCGCCUAUCAUUCGGUUUCUGCGAGACCCUGCGCCUGCUUGGCCGCUGUGCACUGCCCAGCAUCCGUGCCCAGUGCUGCCGUACCUGCCCAGUGCCCAGCUACGGCGCCCGCGGCCGCCAGCGCGCCACCCGCCGCUGACCAGACCAGGACACACCGACCAACCGCCAGGACGCACUGACCGACCACUAGGACAUACUGACUACCGCGAGGAUGCACUGAUGGCGCCAGGACACACUGACCCCUGAGAGGACGCACUGACUGCCCCAGGAUGCACUGACCAGCGCUAGAACAUACUGACAGCCCCAGGACACACCACUGCGAGGACCCACUGACCGUCGCCAGGAUGCACUGACCCCUCUAGGACACACUGACUGCCACCCUGACCUCAGCGCUGCCGCGGGCCCUGCCCUGCGACCCCUGGUGCUCACCCCGCCCCCACCCACCGGUGCGGGGACCCUUCUCCCCCUCAAAAACUUAUUUUUUUAUUCUAACA